AAGUGACAUUCGUCCCUGGAGGCGUAUCUUGGCAGUGUGGGGAAUGUGAGUUCAACAAGUAUCGUACGACCAUUUUGUCGGAAUGUGACACAGGCAUUGCGAAUGAGGGACUCCUCAUAUUGUGCGACAUUUUUUCUGCUGAUGCUCAGACUCCUUCUUUCCCGGAAAUAUGAUGAGAAAUGAGGAAGAAGAGUGUCAUGGAGGAAAGAGGAGGAAGCUUGCCCCUACGACGAAUGGUGAAGGAGAAGAAACCAUUGGACUUCUCAGCCACAACGUUAGCAGUACCAAUCAUCUGUCGAGCGCGCAAAAUCUUUACACACUCGGCCAAAAGAUUACCCACAUACUUCGACUGGUUAAAUUACACUUUCUCAAAGGCAGACCUGAACGAAUUUUCCCACUAGUCAAGAACCACCUCUUAACAACUAUCAUCUUCCUCGUCCCCUCCUUCCUACACCGAACUACAACUCCAUCCAAGCUCCACUCCACAUCGUAUCUCGAUGGUCUACGUGGCGUGGCAGCUUUCUUCGUUUUCAUACACCACAGCGUGAUCGACUGGUACCCCUUCCUCAAAUAUGGAUAUGGUUCAUCAGCUGAUGACCACAAUAUAUUCCAACUACCUUUCAUACGAUUGCUAUAUUCGGGUGGAGCUAUGGUUUGCAUAUUUUUUGUCAUUUCGGGGUUCGUCUUAAGCAAGAAGGGACUCAUGCUGAGUCGUAAUGGGGAACAUCAACGACUUCUCGACUUACUGGCCUCAUCGGUGUUUCGCCGAGCUAUGCGAUUACACAUUCCCACCAUUAUAUCUAGUUUCUUGUCCAUGUUGAUGGUUCGUUUGAACUGGUACGAAAAGCGGCAUUGGACUCCAAAAAGACUUGGCACCUUUUCAGAGCAGUGGGCACACUGGUGGCUUCAUACGCAGUACAUCUUGAACCCCUUCCAGGAGAUCGGUGGUCGAGAGAUUUAUUGGCCACCUUACAAUUUUCACCUCUGGACGAUUCCAAUGGAAGUCUACGGUUCCAUGAUUGUGUUCAUAUCGUUGCUCGCUUUCUGUAAACUGCCAGAAAUCCUGCGCAUCAUAUUACUCGCAGGUUUCACAUUGUAUUCAUUGUGGAGUAUUGGAUACUGGCCUGUAUUCCUAUUUCUAUCGGGUACCACCCUGGCCGCGAUUCAUGUCUGGGAGACGUCUCCUGCUCUUCCUCCCCAAUUAGCGCCAGCAACGCAAGGCACUAGCACUUUAUAUUUGGCUCGAUUCUCAUCUGCCCUCCCUUCAUAUCUUGAGAAGUCCACUCCAAUCAAUUGAGCCUCACAAAUUCAACUUCGUCGUCAACUCAUUACACACUCAUUCAACUUCUCUGUACUAAAGGAAGUCGCUUUCAAAUACGUGCGAAACUGCUCCGUAAUGACCGUUGACAGAGUCUUUUAUAUAGAUUUUACACAUUGGUAUACGGAGAUUGCGAGAACAGUGAUGCGACUACAGGGCUUUCAAGUCA